CUGUUUCUACGUAAAGCGAACUUGAAAGUGCGACUUGCCAGUGACAGCACGCGUUCUCGAAAUAAAUUGUGCAAGCAAAGACAUUUUCCCCCAAAAGGUACGCUUAUUCUAUUUGUAAAGUUUUUUGUACAUUGUAGUCGUAGCUAGGCCUGGAAUAUAGCUAUUAAAACUAAAUAAACUAAACAAUGAAUCUUUGUUUUUAUACGUUGCAGCUCAUGAUGAAAUUCUAUUUCGCUUGCUUUCUUUUACUCGCUGUAUUACACUCUACAAAAGGUUUGUUUCUGUGGAUGUUUUUGCUUUUGUAAUGUAUUUGUAUAGUAUCGUAUUUGGUGUUGAUUUAAAAUGAUAAAAACCGCCAAAAUCUCGGCCAGAAUUCGUUGAUAUGUAAAACACAUGCAAGUCCAUGUUCCAAAUAAUUGUUUGUGCGUCGUGCAAUGCACGUGAUCAUUGAAUGCAAGAAUGUAACAAUUGUAUUCAUGAGCUCAAAAAAUGUUUUUUUGCAAGAGAAACAAGGCUGCUUUGGUGUAGAGGAACAUUAAGAUUUACAGCCAAGUUAAAAAUUACAUUUUGUGAUUUUGCCAAGCAAAUUUACAUCAUUAUUAUUAAACUCAUCGAAUCAGGCAAUCUCAUCACGAUCCUCUUGACAAAUUAAAAAUAAACUGUGUCUUGCAUUAUAGACUUUGUAAAAUUAUAAGCAAAGUCAGGUAUGGGGGCACACUACAGCUUAAAUUAAUGGAUUAAAUUUUCUUCAAGAGCUAAAUAUUAUAAACACAAAACAGGUUACCAUACUCGACAUAAUGUUUGAUACACCAACCCACUUGAAUGGUAAGUGUUGUAAGACUUGGCAUGGAAUAAUGAACGAACAUGUUGGCCUUUUGAACCACUGUCAGCAGCUGAAAUAGAUUGUUCUACAGAGAAGAACUGGAUUGAGGUCGGGAUGUUGAUAGUUGAGGUUGGCAUUCACAAAUGCCGACCUCGUUUUAGAUGGCUAGCUAGCCUUGGAGCCCUUUAAGCAAAGGAGGCUAUGUAUUGUUACUAGAGUGUAACUGUAAGUUUCAAUGGUUAGCAUCCUUGCCCGCCCACAAAAAAGGCCCCGCUCAGGAUUUUUUUUUAUUUAAAAAAAACAACUUUUAUUGAUCAACGGGGUCUAAUAUAUGUAGUAUUUUUGUUGACUGUAGUUAAUUGUGUUAAUAAAUUGCAAAAUUGUGUGCAUAAAUGACGGUAUGAAUCAUAUUUUGAAACAUAAAAAAAUAUCUGUACUGCGCAAGAAAAUCUAGUUUCGGACCUAAAACCAAGGUGUUAAAAAUUAGUAUAAAUUUAAAAAACCCGCCUGCCUGCCCACUUUUUGGCAAAAGCUAAGGACACUAACCAACUAGCGGCCUAAGUUCAGGUUUUCCUGAGAAAUGCAAAAUUACACCAUAAUUUUUGAGAAAAGCCCCUUAGUUAGUUUGGAAGAGUCUUAGAAUCUUUGUCUAAAAUGCCUCCAUAUUUAUUACCUGUGUGUCAUUUGACCAUCGUUGACCUUUAGUAUGAAGUGCUUCAAUAUGUACAUAAAUUAAUGUAUCAAGGAAAUCCAAAACACUUGCUAGCCAAGCACAAUUCCUCUUUCCUGUCAUUUGUACCUGACAAGAGCUGAAUCAUUUCACUGCCUUUCACUUUAUUUCAAGGCAUUUGCAUGCAUUUAUUCACAAAUUGGUAUAAUAUAUAGCACUAGGUGACGUGUUUCAAGUUUGCUUUUUGUUGAGAAUCAAUAUGCACUUGUACUUGCAUACUUUACAUUGUGGAUACCAAAUUUGGAUACCAGAUGUUGAAACUUGGUAUCCAAUUUGGAUACCCAAGAGGGUCUUGCCUACCUGAGCCCAGGGCCGUAACUAGACAUGAUAAUUGGGGUGUGUAUAUUCAUAUAUUCAUGUUCACAUACUGUAAUACUGUAAAAACAAUCACUUUCAAAAGCAAUCUGUCAGGCAGAACACAGAUAUAUGAAUAUGCACCCCCCUCCCAAUUAUCGGUCUAGCUACUUUGAGCCAUUUUCAUUUCUACAUAUUUUAUCAAGACAAUUACAAUGUUGCCAUUAACAUCAAAGUCUAUCAUUAGUUAAAUGGCAAACCUCUUACAUUUGGUGAACUAAACAAUUUAGUAAAGCACAAUACACCCCCAUUGAUGAGUAAAACAUCCUCUGGAGUUAGUAAAAUACCGUAAAGUCUCGAAAGUAAGUGCCCCCUCGAAAGUAAGCGCCCCUCGAAAGUAAGCGCCUUUUUCAACACUUGCUAGAGAAUCUGGAAAGUAAGUGCUCCCAUCCACCCCCGAAAAAUGUUUUGUAAAGUUGUAAAACAUAGGGUACAUAUAAAAGAAACUCUGUAUACCAUAUAUACUCUAUGGUAUGGAUUUAAAAAUGGAAAAUAAAAACUCGAAAAUAACAACUCGAAAGUAGGCGCCCUUCGAAAGUAAGCGCCCCUAAAAGUAAGCGCCCCUAAAAGUAAGCGCCCCUAAAAGUAAGCUCCCCUUGAGGCCACUAAUUUUGAAAGUAAGCAGGGCGUUUACUUUUUCGAGACUUUACGGUAAUAAAGUAGGGUGCAGUUGAGUGCAUUGCAACAUACAGUAAUGGGUUAAUAUUACUGUAAAGUGUUUACUUUUAAUGAAAAUGAAAGAAUUUAAAUGAUUGGCAUUGUUUAAUUUUCCAGGUACAAAUUCGUCAUUACAUGGAGGAAAUUCCAGCAGUGCUAUUAAUGGAGGAAAUAACAGCAGUGCUAUUAAUAUUAUUUCCAUUUCAAGCACCUUGAUCAGCCCAAGUGUUACAAAGACUAGUUCUAUCCAUGCAUCUAGUGGUACACCUGUCAUUAGCGCAAGUAGCACCUACAUACCUAGCCCAGGCAACACAAGUGUCAUUAACCCUAGUAGCACAAUGAACCCCAAUAUGACAAGCCCCAUUCACCCUAAUAACACUGUCAACCCAAAUAUGUCAAGCACUGUUCACCAAAAUGCUUCGACUCCUGUACCUUCCAACGUUUCUCCCAGCCCUUCCAACGUUUCUCCCAGCCCUUCACAUUCUAUGACUCCAGUAACACCACACCCACAUCCUGGUAAGUUAACUGAAUUGUUAAAAAGUCAUAAUUUACAUCCUGAAGCAUGCGACAUACCUAAUGUAUUGCAAUGCAAUCAUUGAAUAACUUACAAGUCAGUCUGUGUGUGGCCAGCCAACCAAUGAUGCACCAAUAUCUAUAUCUGUGUAUCAGUACUAGAAUAGAAAUAUCGGCAUUGGUAAUUUUGUUGUUGAUAUUACCGAGAUAUUCCAUAUUGGUGCAUCACUACUUGAUUAGGGACCAGUCAUUAUUUAUGGUGGGAGUGAUGCCAAAGAGAAAUGUUUUUCUUGGUGGAAAUUUUGCUCAUCCAACCAUUACAAAGUGAAAAAUUGUUUUACCUAACCUCAAAUAUAAAUAAAAAAAUAAAUACCCACCCCUGGCCAAAAACGUUACAAAACGAUACCAUUCAGUAUUUCAGUUGUCACACAUGCAUGUCCUUUACCACUUAAUAUUCUGCAGUCUAAAGUUUCAUAUUGUUUGCACAUGUACUUUCUUUUGAGUCACCAUUUGCCUCCUGACAAAUUGGAAAAUGGUCAAGAUUCACAUAUUGUUUUGAUAUAUGACUGUUGUCUGUUGACACUGCUUUUUGGUCUUCAACAUGUGAGUGAGUCAUGCUUUAGAACAGCCUUUGUCGCAGAUAGACCUUUUACAAGGCCUCAUUUUGAUGGAAAUAGUGGGGGAGGUGCAAAGAAAUUUGGGGGAGGUGCAGUGAUCUACUGUAGCUCUCGACCCCCCUGGAAAGUUAGGACUUAGAACGGACCAAAGUCAACGUGACGUAUGCAUGUAGUGUACAUACAAUGUAUCAGUGUAUUAAUGAAUUAUGACUGUACAACUCAUCCAAUUUUGCCCUUCAUUACAAUUACUACAAAGUUUCUUUCAAAACAUUACAUUUAAAGGGUACUUGACACAGAGAUGAAUAGCUAUCACUGUUUCAAUUUUACAGAAAAACUUUCUUACGAAGUGUAGACCCUAAGCAACCGAAAGUUGUCAAAUUUUCACUUUGAUCUAUCAUUGAAACUUUCCCAAGGGGAGGUGCAUGACUUUUUAGGGGAGGUGCAAAAAUUCUCAGGGGAGGUGCAAAACGAUCUCAGGGGAGGUGCGCAUCUCUCCACACCUCCCCUCAAAAUCUGGCCAUGUGCGACACAGGCUAGCUGUGGCAAUAUGAAAUACAUUUUUACCACCCAACCCUUGAGUUUUGUUUUUUAUUUACCCAAUCUUUUAAUGAUUCAAAUUUUGUUUACCCAACUCUUUUCUCUUUGGUGGCAGCCCAGCCAUGAAAUAUUGACCUUAUGCUAGCUGGUAUUGAUUUGCCCUACUUGUUUGUUACCAGGUAAAGAUGACAAGGAUUACGACAAAAUGAAGAAACGAAUGUGGAUUGCUGCCAGUUUUGCCAUCAUAUUUGCACUCACCACAUUGAUCCUUGGUUACCUUGUCUACCGCCAACGCAAGAUUAAUCGAGAGCUCGAGGGAGAUCCAGCCACAUCUCGAUUGCUCUAAACCAAUGCCAAUGAUCAUUUCAAAUUUGUAAUGGUUAAGUAAUUUGACAGGAAAUAGUUACGUUUAAUGUCCAGACAUAUAAAUUUAUAACUUGUAGUCAUUGUAGCGAAAGGAGCAGUGGGGCUUGGAAAGUUUUAAGAAGUAUUGAGGUGGAGAGAGGCUGAUGAAUUUAGGUUUCCACCAUAGUAACCACAAUGUUUAUACUUUACAUAUAUAUACAACAUUUUAUGUACUAUUUAUGCAAGCCCCCUGUGAGUGAUUCACUCGUUUCGUUUUAUAAAAAUACAAAUUUUUCAGGCUGGAUAUUCUUGAGGGGUCCUACUAAACACUGACCGGGACCGUCCUGGACCGACCGUGCCAAUAAGUACUAGUUAAAACAUGAGCAGUCGAUCUUUAUCUGAUAUAAAACGACCCAUCUUAUGAGUUCAUUGGCGAAGUAAUUUUAAAAAUAAACUUUAUCUAAGCUGAAGUUUAUGUAAAUCAGGGCAAAUCUUUAUCCGAUUUACAAACAUUGAUUAAACAUUAUUUCUUUUGUAUUUUCCUCAUUACGACAAUGUGCAAUUUCAGUACUUUCAUUUCGUUACACGCCAAGCCGCAUGAGUAAUGGUAAGAAAUGUUCUAGCGGUAGACAGACGAUCUUUCUCGCUUGACAAGAUCGUCUACCGUUAAAAACGUAAAAUUAUAAAGUUGAUACAAAGUUUCCAGGGGUAAUUACGAUCACAGACGAGCAUUUGCUCUCACAGACUGUCCCGGUCGGUGUUUAGUAGGACCGUUCUUGAGGCCUUCCCUUGUUCAUACAUUAGCGCAGAUAAAUAUAUGCCUGCUUACCGCCAUAAUCCAUAUCUUGACAGACUAUGGCUAUAUAUAUUUCUGGUAUGUCAUAUAUUUCAGUCUCAAUUAUGUUACUGUAGAAAACGAAAAGAGUUACAAGAUUGUUACUGUAUAAAACGAAAAGAGAUUGAAACUCUUACUGCUACGGUGACUAAUCUUAUAUAAGUAUAACUUCUAUAUAAUUAAAGUUAGUUUUAGCGUUGUUUUGUGAUUCGUUAAAUUAAGAUGAUUUAGGUAGACCUUUACUAACCAUUAUGUGAUAAACAAUGAGGGAAUGAAGCAAUAAAAUUGUUUGCCGUUUAUCUGCAUGUGCUGUUAGGACCGAUUUUACGUCGAAGUUUGUUUAUCUGACUUGAGCCCAUUUUCCACUAUGG